AGAUUUGUUUCUUUAUUUUUUUAUUCCUCUCUCUUCUUCUUCGUUUUAACUACAAAAUGUGGGACGCGCGUCCUCUGCGCGGCGUCCGCGGAGUGCUCGGUUCGGUCGUGGCCGCUUGACUAAAGGGGGAUCCCGGCUCCCUUUUUCCAUCUCCUACUCCCUUAGAAACAAGAGGAGUUUGCAUGCAAAAGGUGGUUUAUCACGGCAAGCCAUGGAGGGACUUGCCUAAAGAGGAUCCAACCUAGUUGAGACAUUUUAGACUUUUUUUUCCCCCUCCAUUCUCUUUUUUUUUUUUUGUUUGUUUUUGCUUGUCAUUGCAACAACUUCCCAGAGGUCUCAUUUUCCAUCAUCAUGGCAGAGAAGGUCGGACCAGGGGGGCUGAAGCCCAACAAUGCCCGGACGGCUCCCUCCCUGCCCCCAGAACCCAUAGACAUCAUCCGCACCAAAGCUCGCUCCCGCAGGGUCCGCCUCAACGUCGGCGGCCUGAACCACGAGGUCCUGUGGCGGACCCUGGACCGGCUGCCCAGGACCCGGCUGGGCAAGCUCCGGGAGUGCAACACCCACGAGUCCCUGAUGGAGGUCUGCGACGACUACAGCCUGAACGAGAACGAGUACUUCUUCGACCGGCACCCGGGGGCCUUCACCUCCAUUCUCAACUUCUACCGCACGGGCAAGCUGCACAUGAUGGAGGAGAUGUGCGCCCUCUCCUUCGGCCAGGAGUUGGACUACUGGGGGAUCGACGAGAUCUACCUGGAGUCCUGCUGCCAGGCCCGGUACCACCAGAAGAAAGAGCAGAUGAACGAGGAGCUGCGGAGGGAGGCAGAGACGCUGAGGGAGAGAGAGGGCGAGGGAGAGUUUGAUAACACCUGCUGCCCGGAGAAGAGGAAGAAACUGUGGGAUCUCCUGGAGAAGCCCAGCUCCUCAGUGGCUGCCAAGGCACUUGCCAUCAUCUCAAUCAUGUUCAUCAUCCUGUCGACCAUCGCCCUGUCUCUCAACACCUUACCGGACCUCCAGGUCAAAGACGAGUUCGGUCACACCAACGACAACCCCCAGCUGGCCCACGUGGAGGCCGUGUGCAUUGCCUGGUUCACCAUGGAGUACCUGCUUCGCUUCCUGUCUUCGCCCAAUAAGUGGAAGUUCUUCAAAGGCCCACUCAAUGUCAUUGACUUGUUGGCCAUCCUGCCCUACUAUGUCACCAUCUUCCUGACUGAGUCCAACAAGAGUGUGCUGCAGUUUCAGAAUGUGCGCCGCGUGGUGCAGAUAUUCAGGAUCAUGAGAAUAUUGAGGAUCCUGAAGUUGGCCAGGCACUCCACGGGGCUCCAGUCUCUCGGAUUCACCCUGAGAAGGAGCUACAAUGAACUUGGGUUGCUUAUUUUAUUUCUCGCCAUGGGCAUCAUGAUAUUUUCCAGCUUGGUUUUCUUUGCUGAGAAAGAUGAAGAUGCCACCAAAUUCACCAGUAUCCCCGCCUCGUUCUGGUGGGCCACCAUCACCAUGACGACGGUGGGCUAUGGGGACAUUUAUCCUCAGACCUUACUUGGGAAGAUUGUGGGGGGGCUCUGCUGUAUCGCAGGAGUGCUGGUGAUCGCCCUGCCGAUCCCCAUCAUCGUCAACAACUUCUCUGAGUUCUAUAAGGAACAGAAGAGGCAGGAGAAAGCCAUCAAGAGGAGGGAGGCACUGGAGAGGGCCAAGAGGAACGGCAGCAUUGUGUCAAUGAACCUUAAAGAUGCCUUUGCCCGCAGUAUGGAACUGAUGGAUGUGGUGGUGGAGAAAGGAGAGGACAAACCCUCCCUCGACAACCACCUGACGCCGAGCCGCUGGGGCAGCUCGACCAGGCACGCAACCUCAGAGACCAAUCUGAGAUCGCCCGAUAAAAGAAACUCAGGGUCCCUGCAGCAGAGCUCCCCCCAUCGCAUAGCCAUCACUACUACCGGGAGUCCGCAGAGGACAAACAGGACCCCGCAGCACCUAAACGUUCAGAAGCUGGAAGAGAUGUAUAACCAGAUGACAAAGUCCCAGUCCUUCACCAAUCUCAAUACUACAAGCUCCAUGAGCACUCUGAGCACAACCAUGACCGGCCCUGCCUCUCCCAGGAAAUCCCAAAGCCCCGAGAUCACACUGAAAGAGGAGGUGGAGUUGGAAAUGAAGGAAGUCUCAGCAGAUAACUUUGCCAGCUGCUCAGCAGACAGAAAAAAGAGCAGCAACUCAGGCGAGGAGGUUGCUGGGCUGGAUCCGAUUAGACACCCCAGAGCUCCACCCUCUCUGGAUCUCGGCCAGAUGAGGGCAGGUAAUGACCGAAGCUCUCCUCACAUCAUCCUCAAGGAUGACCUUUAUAAACCCAUUAACCCAGGUGAUGGCUCUGAGCUUCACAUAGACGAAAGGGAGAGCUUCAACAGCGCUGCGGAGAAUCUCCACAGCUCUCCGAGGGGGAAUAACCCACUGAAGAUAAAAGAGUUGAAGGUUAACUUCGCCAAGACGUCAGCUGAAGGUCCUCUGACACCACCCAGCACAACCUCUCCAGGAGACAUCAGCUCCAGCGUCCUGGGAGACGAGUCCCCGGAGGGAGAGACGUCGCCGCUCAUCCCCAACUCGGUGCUCCCGGUCACAGUGGAGGACACUUGCCCAUUGUCCCAAAACCGGCUGGUGGUCGACACCCCGCCCGGUGACGAAGACCAAUCCACGGAGAACCACGAGGAGAAGCACCUGAUGGAGGUUGCGGGAGCUGCGCCCCUGUCACCUAAGACAGCCACACAAAACUGCAGCCAGGGCGUGGUCGGCACGGGCGAGGGGGCUGACAGCAACCAAAGUGGACACAAGGUGGAGAACCACAUGUUUACAUCUGACAUCCACCUGAUACCCGGAGACGGCAGCCUCUCCCCGACCUGUGAAACCAGCAUGUGAAUGUAAGGAAAGCUUUUUGGGACGGUUAAGUCCAACUGCAACCUCAGCCGGAGGCGCAGGAGAGCGGG